AUGAAAUACACUGUCUAUGAUCGCUUACUCAAGCGCGAAGUCGGACAACAGCCCAGGAAAUACUCAGACAUUCGGUCAAUAUACGGCGACCGCAAAUGGGUGGACGACCUCGAUAUCGUGAACGAACUAGAAGGCCAUAAUGGAUGCGUCAAUGCUCUUAGCUGGUCAACAUCUGGCCGCCUCCUCGCCUCUGGCUCCGACGACCAUCGCAUCAACAUCCACUCGUACCACCCCGAAUCCUCGACGUCGCAGUUUAAUCUCACCACCUCGAUUCAGACGGGGCAUAGGUCCAAUAUCUUCUCUGUGAAGUUUAUGCCCUACUCCAACGACCGCACAAUUGUCAGCGCCACAGACGAUGUACGGAUAUUCGAUAUCGAGCAUUCAGGGCACUCGGCGUUCCGGUCUACAGGCAAUGCGGGCAGUACGGGCAGAGCACGCCGUAGACUGACGCUCACCGAAGGAGACACCAACGCGAAGGCAUUCCGUUGCCACGCCGACACGGUGAAGCGGAUCGUCACUGAAGACAACCCCUUCUAUUUCCUUACGUGCUCGAACGAUGGCGAGGUACGACAAUGGGAUGUACGGCAACCCUCCAAGGCAUAUCCACCUCCACGAGACACCAUGCUUCCUGCAUGGGCGAGAGAUGAAGACGCCUCAGACAGCAUCCCACCGCCACUCAUCUCGUAUGCUCGGUAUGGACUGGAUCUCAAUACUGUGUCAUGCUCUCCUAGUCAGCCGCAUUACAUUGCGCUAGGUGGAGCACAUCUCCAUUGCUUCUUGCAUGAUCGACGUAUGCUAGGCCGCGAUCUGAACAACGAGCGUGGAUCUAGGCUUUCGAGUCCAGAGAAUUGGAACGAUAAUGACGAUGAGCUGUUAGGGAAGGCGACGCAAUGUGUGAAGAAGUUUGCGCCCAACGGAAAGCAGCGCAUGAAGAGAAACGAUGGCGGUCACAUUACAGCAUGCAAAAUCAGUGAUGCCGAGCCGAACGAGCUCGUUGUGAGCUGGUCGCAGGAUCACAUCUACAGUUUUGAUAUUCUACGGGCGCCAGAUGCUAGAGAGAAUGUGACGCCCAUCAAGACCUCGAAUAGUGGAUCGGGUCAUCGCGUGAAGGACACGAACAGGAAGCGCAAGCGACCAAAGUCCAGUACCUUGUCUCAAGAAGGCGUUGAGAGAGCUGAAUCAAGACAACGUACCGAAAGUGCUGAUGAGGAUCUGGCACUACGAGUGACCUACGGAAAUGGACAGAGCGAAGAUAUCCGCAUUCACCCCCCUGCUGAGAACCGCAUGACCCAGGAGGAAUUGAACGAUCUACGAGCAUCAGACCACUACCGCAUCGCAAGUACAACCAUCAAGAUAGCGAAACGAAUUUUCGAGCUAGGUGAACUUGGUGAGUCUGGAAUCCACCUCGCAUGCACGUCCAUUGUAGGUCUAGCGAACUCGAUCUUGCCCGACAUGGACGACAUCGAUAGGACAUGGGGCUACCCAAUCGAUCCAGAUCCUGUGGACGUUGCAGUACAAAACAAGCUUCGCGAUAGCAGGGCAGCGUCCCGUCGGUUCGUACAGGCAGCCGGGACAUUGGCUCGGGUGCUAGGUGGACAACUCUUGACUGGAUCCAGCUCAGAUGCCUUGAUCGCCCAGUACUUCGCUUCCAUACAACCGGCACCCCGAGAGCGCGAUCCACCACAAAACGAGCAGUUUGGAUACGACUUCCUGAAAGCCAUCCUGCUAUGGAUUGACAGUGGCCCUGGAGCAGUUAUUGAAGGAUUUUCGAGCCGAAGUGGUAGUACUCGCUUUCCCAUCCCCCAUGGUUCCGAUAUGGAUGCCAUCCAGGAACGACUGAUUCCAUACCUGAUCGAAUUGGCAGACGACACUAAGAUCGUCAACGUCGAUGCUUCCAAAUAUGAGACAGACAGCACCCGCGUUUUGUAUGACUCUGAGUUUGAGGCUGUUGAUGCGUUCGGCCAUGCAAUCACGAUACCCUUUGCCGAUCUCACUGGUGAGAAUGAGUCCACAUCAGAGUCAGCAUCUUCUGGUGAGCCCACACAAACUCGAGCUACGGCUAAACGGAGAUGGGUAUACUAUGUUGGAAGGGGUGUCUUGCGCAAUGCCGCCAAGGACAUCAAGUUCGCUUUCGUAGACCGCGCCUACGGCGGCCAAGGCAUAUCUGACAAGACGAUCAGAGCUGAAGAGAAGGCGUUGAGAGAAAAGCAGGAGGACAUCGAUCCCUCGGUAGACGAGGGCCCGGUCCGCGAUGCAGAACUUAUCAGCACAUCAGCCCGAGAGGGUAGUGAUCAGGAAGAGGUUGUCUCCAGCUCCGCUAAUGCGAACGAGUCGGGUUCUGUGGCUAUUGAGAGUGCUGAUGAAGAAGAUGAAGAAGACGAGGAGGAUGACGAUGAAGACAGUGAUGGGGAUUUAGAAUCGGAUGAUGGCGAAGAAGAGGACGACACCGAAGACGAGGAUGACGAAGGGCUAAGCCGUACAAGAUCUGGAAACAUGUUAUGGCGAUCGGACUUUGGCCGCAGUCGCUACGGGCGAUGGAAGGUGGAGCGUGAUGUACCUUGCGUACCUCAUACACGAGUCUACACUGGGCAUUGCAACGCCAGGACAGUCAAAGACGUCAAUUACUUCGGACUGCAGGAUGAAUAUGUGGUCAGCGGAAGCGACUCUGGCCACGUGUUCAUCUGGGAUCGCAAGACAGCGGAACUCGUAAACAUUCUGGAGGGAGAUGGAGAGGUGGUCAACGUCAUUCAAGGUCACCCCUAUGAACCUACGAUGGCGGUUUCCGGUAUCGACCACACUAUCAAAAUCUUCUCUCCAGAUGCGCAGCUCCAGCGUAACGCACGGAAAGGUGUCGGAGUGCAUUCGUCCGAUCCAGCUGCUUUCUCCAGUCUGAACUUCGGUCGUCGGCGUCGCAACCGCGCUGCCGAACCCGAGGCCGAGGCUGAAAGUGAGCCUGCUGUCGAUGCCCCUAGCGACAGUGACGAUGAGGUUGCCCCUGGUGGACUCAGCAGUCGACGAAGGAUGCAUCAAGCUUAUCAAAUUACUAGUCAGAACGACAUGGACAGGAAGGGUGGAAGAGACGACUACUUCAUCAGCCAGGCUGUCUUCGCGCAAUUGGCACGGCAUAUUGCCCGCGGGCAAGGUGCCGGUGGUGGAGGUGAUGAGGAAGAAGAGGGUGGUGGACCAGUUGUCAUCACGGAAGAGAACUGCAAUGUUAUGUAG